CUUCUCAAUGCUGAACAGUAUGUGCCCAUCACCAAACUCCGUGAGAACGCACGUCAUGGGAUCUCAUCCAGAGUCCGGGGUGAAGUAUGGAUGUACCUCCUAGAAAUCCUAUCUUCAGAUAAAACCAACGAGUCGAAAUCACUAGUAGACCUAAACGAAUCCUAUCAACAUCUCCCUUCCUCCCUUUCUUCUUCCAUCACUUCUGUCAUCUUAAAAACAGCGUUACAUCAUCAUCUUCGUCGAUUCUCUAAUCCAACAUAUGCCAGUCUCAUCUCAAGUUUGACGGCCGAACCACUUCCCCCCCUAGACUCUUCCCCUUCUCAACCACCACCAAUAGAAAGAGAUCGUGUCAACCCUAAUCCCUCUACCGAUAUUACAAACAGUCCAAAUUCCAAUCCUAAUCUAAAACCACCAAGCCAAAUUUUGACUUUGUCAGAUGGUUUAAACGUACCCAUUGUGGCAAAGACGGACAAAGCGAAUGUUCAAGCUCAACAUAUGAGACUUCUUCCUCCACCUCCAACUUCCCCUCUUACUCGUCAAAAUUAUCUUACGGUGAUACAAGAAGUCAUCGGAAAGUAUUAUGCAGCUCGUUCCGCUGCAGGGAAGAGUAGUAUAGAAUGGAAAGAAGAAUGGGAAGAUCCAAAAACAUUGGUUUACCUCGCUACACCUUUUUGUUGUACUUACACUCGUCCAAUUGCGAUCUAUCUCUCCUUAGCUCAUUUCAUUGCGAGACUCAAAUCUUUCCCUCCUCUCCCAAGUAGACUAGCGAGUUUGCUCACUCUCUUCCGACUUAGCAUCCCGGACUUGUUCGGAUACUUCGAGGACGAACAGGUUAAUUAUAUUCAAGUGGCCAUGAGCUGGCUUACGGGAAUGUUGGGGAGGGAAAUGUGUUUGGCCAAUGUUUUGAGAUUGUGGGAUGCUUACAUCGCCUCUGAAGAUAUGUUCGAAUUACACUGUUACGUCUGCGUAGCUAUACUUGCAACUUGCAAAGAAAUUUUGGAAGAACUGGAUAGUUCAGAAGUAAGGAUCAUGCUCCUCGAUCUACCCCCUCUGGAUAUCGACCGAUUGUUACAAGACGCUGCCAAUAUGAAAAUGGCUUAUCCAUUACCUCGGCCCGUCGAAGAUCUAAAAUGA